AGCCAGGUAUGUAGGGGUGACUUGAGGCGGUGCGUAAACACAGUGGGCGAACAUGGCGUCGAAUAAGAAGAGUAGUGGGAGACUGGACAAAACUGUCAAUGGGAGACGCUCCAACAAAAACAAAGAGCUGCCAGUGGUGAUGGACACCAAGGCUGUGUUUGUGGCCCUCUACAGCGUGUGUGAGGAGAACAUCACCUUCUUCUCAGGGGGCUCCAAGGGGCCCCAGGGUGACGCAGCAUAUCGGCUGGUAGAAACCUUGAACUUGAUCCAGGAACACGCUCGCAGUCUUGAACCCGUCGUCACUGGUUUUGCAUCAGUCUUUCACCAUUUUGACUUUGACCCACUAAUACCUGCAAAUGGAUAUCGCUCUUUAGUAAAGGUUGUGCGUUGCUGUCUUCUACACAUUAUCCACAAGGGGCGCUAUAUCACUGCAAACCGCCGUAGCAUCUUCUUCCGAGUGGCUCACAAUGCCAGCGAGAUGGAGGCCUACUGCAAUGCCCUGUGUCAACUGCGGGCCCUGCUCUAUCUGGCCCAGAGGAUGCUGCACGAUAACAGUCACGGGAAUUUAUUUUUCCAGGAUGAAAGUGGUCUGAGUGAGAGCUUUGUCCGCGAAUAUUCCUCCAUGCACAAGGGAUGCUUCUACGGCAGGUGCCUGGGAUUUCAGUUCACGCCAGCCAUUCGACCCAGUCUGCAAACCCUCGCCAUCGGCCUCGUGGCCUUCGGAGAAAACUAUAGGCGGCACCAAUCAGGAAUAGUGGAAUCAGGAGGUAUUGCACCGUAUGGUGUAGCAGCCAGCUCCUUCUUUACCUCAGGGAAGUACGCCAUUGACCCGGAGUUGAGAGGUGCGGAGUUUGAACGCAUCACUCAAAACCUGGAUGUCCACUUUUGGAAAACCUUCUGGAACAUCACUGAGACCGAAGUGCUGUCAAGUCUGACCAGUAUGACAUCCACACAAGUCAAGGUGAAUCGUGCUCUUUCAGUGCCUCCAGUGCCCUUUGACCUUCCCUUGGCAGCCAACCACCAGGCUUCUGUUACUAUAGCUCCUCCAUCAGCGCACAUUGGCUCGGCUCCUAUUCGAAUGAGGCUCAUCUCUUAUGACCUGCGUGAAGGACAGGACAGUGAAACGCUGCUGUCCCUUUGCCGCUCUGAAGGUGGUCCCAUUUCUUUAUCACUGGGGCUGAAGACCAAGCGUCUCCCUUCGUCUCCCUGUCUCGUGGUCCAUUUCCACGGAGGUGGCUUCGUGGCCCAGACUUCGAAGUCACAUGAGCCCUAUUUAAAAAGUUGGUCCCAGAGUCUCGGUGUUCCCAUCCUGUCAGUAGACUACUCUCUGGCCCCGGAGGCGCCGUUUCCCAGAGCAUUGGAGGAGUGUUUUUAUGCUUACUGCUGGGCACUAAGAAACCACCAUCUACUCGGCUGGACCGGAGAAAAAGUGUGUCUGGCGGGCGACAGUGCAGGUGGAAACUUGUGUGUAACGACUUCGAUGCGAGCUGCUGCCUUUGGUGUGCGAAUGCCAGAUGGCAUCAUGGCAGCAUACCCGGCCACCCUGCUAACUGCCUACGCCUCGCCAUCUCGGCUGCUGAGUCUUAUGGAUCCCCUGCUGCCACUCAGUGUGCUCUCCAGGUGUCUCACUGCCUAUGGAGGUAAUGAGCCUCAGACUGAGAAGCAGGUGGAGAGAGCGAGCACACUCAGCAUGGUGAGAAGAGACACAGCUUCGCUGCUCAGAGGAGCCUCCAACUGGUUCCACUCGCUGCUGGAUUCUAACAAAUCCCCCGGCGCCGCCAGCGCAGGUGUGGGCGAGCCGACAGGAGCGACUGACUCCGUCAGGAAAAGCAUUUCAGAGGCUUCUAUCUCAUCACCUCACGCAGAUCCUCCUGUUCCUUCUGAACCCCCUGAGUACAAAAACAGGACGUUAUCAACCAAGAGUAAGACCUGCCAGGACCUAGGAUCUUUCAGUUCCGCCUCCAAUGGCUCAGCCCUGGCAUUUGAGCGAGUGCCGGAGGACGUCACUUUCUCCAUUUCUGAAGUCAAAGAUUCGCCCAUGUCUGGCGGGGCGUUUUCUGUGGCCAUCGCUCCCCCCGUUGCUGAAGAGGGAUCCGAUUUGGGGCACUCAAGAGAAUUCCCACUGGGAUUUGAACCUCUGCGCUCCAAGCAGCUGGCUGAGAUGAAACUGCACAGUUCCCCAGUGGUCAAGGACCCGUUCUGCUCUCCCUUGCUGGCUCCUGAUAGCAUGUUGAAAGGACUCCCGCCCGUGCACAUCGUGGCUUGUGCUCUGGACCCCAUGUUGGACGACUCUGUGAUGUUCGCCAAGCGUUUGAGGAGCAUCGAGCAGCCGGUCACUCUCUGCGUGGUGGAUGAUCUCCCCCACGGCUUCCUCAGCCUCUCGCAACUCUCCAGAGAGACUCGGGAGGCUGCCAACGUGUGCGUGGAGAGGAUCCGCGCCAUCUUCACUCAGGAGGAGCCGGCCCCGGAGCCUCGCAAGCACCGCAAGCUGGAACGGACCGAUAGGGGUGCGCUGGCUCCUCCUGGAGAGAAUGGCUCUCUUUAUGUGGGCUCCACUGAGGCCGAGGAGCGGGCUGAUGGAAAGGGGGCUGGAAUUGCUGAUGAGGGGAACUUGGUUGCUGUGGCUGCUCAGAAUAGCGCUGACGCUGGGGGUGUUGGCGUUUAAGCUAGGUCAGAUAAUGAAGGGGGUUCAGAGGCAGCAGGCUAACCUUGGAAGUUCCGAGGGCAACGCGAUGACCCUGUUGACAAGACGACACAUUAGUUUGGGAGUGACAGGAACAAGGCAGAUGAGCACAACACCUGAAGUUCCUUU